CCUCUUGUCAUAUAUAGACCAAAGUGCGGAGGCCUAGACAGUGAUCACACCUCUCACAAUCACCAGCUCUGAUCAGAACUCCAUUCGACCAACAAAAUCCGGCAUCCGCAAGAAAGAAAAUGAGGUGGUUCACUUCUUUUACCGCCCUGAUCGGCGCAUCAAGCGUGGCCGCGUUUCCUUCCGGACUGGCUGUCAGUGGAUGUCGAGAAGUUGCUCUAAUUGACCCUCCGGCCAAGUUGGUCCAAGUCGUCCCGACCAAAUACGUUGACGUCAAUGGCGACCAAAUCGCGUACCGGGUCUUUGGUGCGAAAAGAGGAAAUCCCGUUAUCUUUCUCGCCAACUUCCGUGCGACUAUGGACAUCGCGGAUCCCUUACUUUUCAAUUACAUUGCUCAAUUCAGACCCGUUAUCUUGUUCGACAACGCCGGUGUCGGUCACAGCACUGGCGAGAUCGGCGACUCUAUCGCGGCCCAGGGUGACACAGCGGUUGCCUUCCUGAAGGCUAUCAAAGUGAAAAAGGUCAACUUGCUCGGUUUCUCUAUGGGAGGCGGUGUUGCGCAGCACAUUGCCAUCAACUACCCUGACCUUGUGGAGAAGGCUGUCAUCGCUGGAUCGAUUGUUGGAAAUGGGCCUGGUAUUGAACUGGCCACGGAUGCGACUUUUGCUAUUGCUCGCCAGCCUGUAGUUCCCCAAGAUCAAGGCCUGGGCUUGUUCUUCUACCCUUCCAACACUAGCACGGCUGCAGCUAUCGACUACGCUAAUCGCAUCACCGAGCGGAACGUGCCAGGCGAGAACAAGACGAACCAAGUGCAAGAGCCUGGUACCUCUAGACACCUCAAAGCUAUCCUCGACUUCACCCGGAACUCCACAUACCUGGAGCAAGCGAAAAAUAUCAAGGCGCCGCUUUUUAUUACCUCCGGAACACGCGAUGUCUUAGCACCUUCCUCUGGCGACUUUGUCCUCCAGCAAAAGGUUCCUGGCUCCUAUUUGCAAGUCUUCCCAGACUCCGGACAUGGUCACCUCUUCCAGUUUCCAAAGGCUUUCUCCGAACUAGUGCAGGAGUUUCUAGGCGCCUGAAAGGUGUUGAAUGUAUGAUAGUAGACGAACAGUGGUUUUUACGGUUCUAUAUAAGUAGGUCUAUUUACAUCCUAAUAUAUGAGUGAUUUUUACAUAGAGGC